AUGUUUCGAUUAGCUCAGUAUGUCCUUAGAGGAUCGCAUCAUGCGAUUAAAAAAUCAUUUUUAUAUUCAAAUGUUCGAAUGUAUCUAUCAGAUGCUUGUCAAGCAUUUGAUAAAUGGGAUGAAUCAUUAUCAAGUGAAAUUCUACAAAAAACAAAUAUUAGUAAACUUUUGAUUGAUGUUGAACAUAAAUUAAUUAGAAAGAAAUACGUUAGUUCACUCGACAUUAAAAUUCUUAUAGCGAAACUGACUCAUGUUGAAACGACUGAAGAUCUUAAACUGUCACUUGUUCGUAAUUAUCUUGAUCUUGGUCAAAAAGAACGUUUAUUACCUAUUUUACAUGAUAAAGUUAAAUAUGGAAUUUUUCUUGAUCAAUUUUCAGCUAAUCUUUUAUUAAAUGCAUUUUUACUUGAAAAAAAAUACAAAGAAGCUGCACAAGUUUGUACAGAUCUAAUGUUACAAGAUGAAGGUGAUGAUCAAUUAACACGUGGACUUGGUUUAAAUGCAUGUUAUAAUUAUUAUUUAAUAGCAACUGAUGAAGAUUUUAAAAGUACACA